CUGCAGUGUACUGUUGGUGUGGAUUGAAAGCGCCUCUGUGCGUGGGAAGGGAGAGCGGAAGACAAUUCUAUGGGUGUCAAAAUUGGCUGGGAGAAGGGUGUGGCUACUUCUUGUGGAAGGAUGACAUAGGAAGAGAAGACAUGAUCAGGCCUGGCCAAAAGAGAGAUAAGUUUGAUGAAGUAAAGACCAUGGUUGAAGGUGCUGUCCAACGCUUAAGCUAUGUUCAAGCAGAUGUAAACACUAUAAAAACCGUUCUUGAGAAUGAGGUUAAGGCCAGAAAGAGGUGCAGGAAGCUCGUUGUCAUAGGGUUGGCUGUAUUUCUGUGCUUUGCAACAAAUAUGUAUUCAAGCUAUCAUAGUUGAAUUGUCUUGGAUGUAAUGGUAUCUAUGUUUGAAAAAGUUCACCACCAGUUUAUUGUCAUAGAAAGUGGAAUGUAGUGUCAUAUGGUAUCUAUGUUUGAAUAAGUUUUCCA